CCUCAGCAGGAGCGAGCGAGUCAAGGCCUAAAAAAAACAAACAAACAAAACAAUUCCAGAAAGAAUUCAUUCCUUUUUUUUUUUGUGCUUCAUUUCUGUGUCCCUUCAAAAUAACAAAAGCUGUCAAGAAGUUCAAAGGUUUGUACUUGCAAUUUAAAGAAAAAGGACAUGAGGAAAAGAAAGUAAGUAGUCAGAAAAACAAGAUGCCUGGAAAAUAUACUGUCAUGAUUUGUCAUUUUAAGACUUGACUGACUUGGUGUUCGUCAUCUGCACUUAAGUAGAAGUACAAAUGCAAGAAUGUGGAAGGAAACAAGGAAAAAGGUGGGACAGGUGCGUUGAAAAGUGCCCCUGAAGUCGUGCCGUCGCCGACCCACCUUGUCGAGUGCCGCGUCGGCGCCGAGGCCCUCCGCGAGCCGGUCUGCCGCGUCGGGGUCGCCGGCGCUGACCCGCGCCAGUGGCCCGGCGGACAACAGAAGCACAAGCAGCACGCGCGCCUGCGGCUGAAGCAUCCCUGCGAGAUGGUGUGACGCUCGCUCGGGCACGCCGGGGCUGAUAAAUAGCCCUCCUCCUCCUCCUCCUCGUCCUCAUCCUCGCCACGCCAUUGGCUGAGGCUGAGUUGCUUGCGGGGGAGCGAGGAGGAGAUGAAAGCGUCACCAGAGUUUUGCUUCGUUAGCUGUUGUGAAAAGCGACUGUUAAAUGUGACAGCGUGUCGGUCGAGCGGGUGGCACGUCCGCAUCGCAGUCGAAGGUUCCGGGCUCGAAUCUGAGCUCGGCUUCCUCCCGCAAUCCCAAAAACACGCAUUGUUCGCUUCAUCGGAGACGCUAAAUUGCCCGUAAUGUGAGAGUGGGGGGCUGUCUAUUUGAAUCUUCCGCGCAGCUCGGGUCGUGUCGGUCAGGAUUAGCGCCACGUCGGUGUCCGAGCGCGACGCGAGGCCCCCGCACGCUGAGGCGCUUUGUUCAUAAUGACACAGAGUGUGACUCAAAUGUUAACGAACAACAGCGAAGGCCAACACUCCGCCAACCUUCCCGCCGUCGGCGGGCUACGCGACGGGGGGGCCGUGAUGCAAAUGUCAAGGCAUCCUCGACAAACCCUCGCAACGGAGUGCGAGCUGGCCACUUCAUGAUCUUCACCACGGAUCAAUUCGAGGACGACUCGACUCGUUACGAGCGACCGUCGACGCGGCGCAAAAAUGCGUCUGCGCCUUGUCAGGGUUAAUUCGCCGAAACGGGAAGUCCCCUCGCCCCCGCAAGGCCGUGACUCAAUUCCUGCCGUAGCGACUUACUGUUUGUCAUUUGCUCAGCCAAAUCGCAUAUUUGCCGAGAAGCCAUUUUGAAAUGUAUUGGAAAACGAGAAGAAACACAGGACAAAUUCAACACGGCGAUUUGACCUUUGCGGAUUGCGCGACCUGGAUGACUGAGAAUCUACACAGGCAAAAAGAGAAAGCGCCAUUUUUAGGUUGCAUAGUGCUAUUUGUAUUAAUAUUGUGAGAAUUCAAAAAUCACUUACUUACUACUGCGCUAACAUAGGUUAGGCCCGGGGUACUCACUGAUUUUUAUUUGUUUUUAUCUAUUCAUGGCCUCAAAGUGCUUCUAUACAAAUAUUUACUCUAUUUGUCCUUAGUGUUUUUCAUUUACAUAUUUGUAUAUUUUUGGGCCAGAAUUGUUUGAAUAGUUACUGGAAUUCUCACACUUCUAAGUUCAAAACAGCAUUGGUGUUCCCCGAGCUUCGCAUUUGUGGCGCUGCGGAUGGUCGUGAGUUGAUAAAAGAAUUUAAAAAAAAAAAGUUACAUUUUCAUUUGAACACGGUGUUCAUUUAAUUUUAGUUUUACUCGAAUUACAGUAACAGGAUUGCAAAUCAAUUCUAAUGUUAGCUGUUUUAGCUGCUAUGCUAACUUGUCAAGAACAGCUGGCUAUGAGCAAUUGAAUUGUUAAAAAAUAACAGAAAAGAAAAACUGAUUUGAAUGUUUCUUUUCCAGAUCAUGUGAGCAACAAAGUUGUGUUGCUUUGAGCGGCACACGCAUGACUGAGUCACGGAACUCACUUUUUUUUUUCCCUCUUCCUCGAUCUAAAAAGGUUUCUUCCAGAGUUUUGCACGUGUUGAGAGACAUCACCUCAGGGGCAUAAUUAGUCAAAUCAAAUAAAAUAUGUCUGUGGCCAAAAGAAAUGUUUUCGCAAUUACAAGGAGGGAAUGCCAACAAAAUUAUACGCAAAAAGCUGAUUUAAAACGGGCUUUAUUUGUUAUAUUUGAUAUGUAAGUUGGUCAUCAAGAGGGAGGGACAAGAGAAAAAAAAUAAAAAAAAUCGGAAUCACUUUUACUACAGACGCAUUAAUAUUUUGUCUCAAGACAACAACUCGUGCAUGUUUCUGGAUUUUGUGCAUGGAUUAUUUGAAAUUCCGAUGAGAGGGACGGAAAAUGCCGUCCAAUCCUGGAGCGGCCCGCAAACAAGUCGCUGCCGACUGAUUGUUAACGAGCGUCACACUCGGGUGUCGCGACGAGGGCCCUCCGAUUGGCCGGUGGGUCCCAUGAAAAGCCGGUCUCAGGCGGGCCGCACGCAGCGAUGGCUUGGAUCUUUGAUUUGUGGGUGGUGUCGCUGCUCUCCGCGUUGGCGGAUCCCGUUCCCGAUGGUGUCCUGGACAUGGAGUGUCACGAUAGGUCCUUCGUGAUAGCUGUGGACCUCUCGUUCGCCGGGGACGAUGCUCGCUUCGAGGCCGUCGACGGGACGGGCGCGUACGCCAUCACUGAGCCGUACGCGGCCAAGUGCGGCUACACGGUCACAGUCUCCCAGCCGAGCGGCCUCGUGGAGCUGCGCUCGUCCUACUUCAGCUGUCACACGGACAAGCAGGAUGAUCGAGUGUUCACGUUCAGCUUCAAGCUGUUGGUGACACGCGAGAGGGAUGCGGUCUACACGUUGAACAAGACCUGUUCUCCAUCCCUGGCGUGGUCUCCUCGAGAGGUCUCCUGCGAGCUCAACUACAUGGAGGUGUUGGUCAAGAACCAAGUCUCGUGUGCUGCCGGGAAAAAGGACGACAACUGGAACAUUCUCAGACAUGCGCACAGCUCGUCCACUUCAGACUGGCAGGUGAUGUUCCAGAGGGACGAGGACGAGAUUGCGCCGACGAGCCUCUCGGACGCCCGCAAGCAAGGGUACGCGUUUGAGGUGACCGACGGCAGGUUCAUGUUCCGCGCCCCUUACGGACAGCCAGAUUCGUUCAUUGCCAUGGUGAACAACAUCCCGGUCGAGGUGGUCCACGCCACGCUGUUCUCCAGACAACGCUGGUUGGUCGUCAUGGUGGACCUGGUGGCUGCAUGCUCCACGCACCAGGGCGCUUACGAGGACGGCGGCCACGUGGUUUUCAAGACUCCCGAGGCGCCCUAUCCCGGUCCCGAUGUCACACGGAUCCGCGUCGGGUUCGACGGCGCUGACGUGGUGACUGAGAACGAGACGGUCCAAAUUAGAAUUCCCUUGGACGUCAAGGGUGGACUCAGGAAGAGCUUUGCGAGCGGCGGUCUCUACGAGUUCUACACCUUCCAUCUCGACCUGGAGCAAAUGUUUGAGGACGACGAGGCAGAGACCAGGCUGCGCCUUCGCCGGAUUCUGACCACGCCCCUACUGCCGCGCCCUCUUUUUACCCAAAACCGAAGCGUCGUCGAGGAGCGGCUCUUCCAGGUCUACCUGGGCGACGUGCCAGAGGACGUCCGCUUGAUUUCGCUCCGGCUCAACGGGCGCGAGGCGCCGUUCACCAACUCGUGUUCGUUCGCCGACGUCGCGCAACCCGCCCACGGCCACGGGUACUUGCUGAACGUAUCAUUUGACGAUCCCGCCGUCACCCAGCAGUACUACGAAGUGUACCGAACUCUGCAGUACAGUGUGGACAUCAACUACACGCUGAGUGUUCUGCCAGAAAACGAGCUCUACUACCACUCUGUGAGCGUCACGGCACUGGCUGGCCCCUCUCCUCCAGUGCUGGAUGCGGUCUGCUCUGAGUCGGGCAUCCGCUUCAACGCGGACCGCUGGGCUUUCGACUUCCUGUGGUCCAUCGGCGUGGGCUCUGUCACCCUGACGCCAGAGCUGGCAACGCAGCGGGGCUACGAGAUGAGAAACGAUAGUCAGAGACUGCAGCUGGACGUGCCGGUCUACUCUCAAGGCUUUCGCUACGAGGAAAUCACCCUGAAGCGGUUCUUGGGCACUUUUGAGAUCCUUAUAAAAGAGCGUCUAACAUCGGCUGUUCAGAGAUCCAUUACAAAGACUUGUCCUUUUGUGACCUCUGAACUUAUUAUGUGUUCGACUGACGGGAGGAUGACCGUGGUGGCCGACUUGUCUCUGAUCACCCCGAGCGGCGCGACACCGUCCUCAAGCAACCUACUGGACGUUUUCUGCGGCCCCGCAGAGGCGGAUGACGCCAGGGCGCUUUUCUCUUUCCCGCUCAAUAGCUGUGGCUCCAAAGUCAAGCUCAGCAAGGGGAACGUGAUUUAUCGCAAUGAGAUUUUCUACAGCAAGAAUUCGGAUGACUCCGAGGAGGCCAAUGAGAGGUUGGUGGUGCAGUGCACGUAUCCUCUGGAAGGCCUCCACCGGCUCUUCUCCACGUACAGGUUCGAGUCGGACGACCCGGGCACGGGUAGCGUCUCCAGCGGGCGGCUCACGGCAGGAUCCGGUGCCGCGGCUCUACGCGGUCCCGUCGCCACCGCGAGAGCGCUCCCCACGCCGCCGAAGACGACUGCCGCGAGGACCGCCGCGGCUCCGGUCCGGAAGCGUCUGGGCUCCAAUCCCGGUGUGCACUACAUCCGGGUGUCCAAACAUGGCAAACCUCACCCUGCUGUUCGAAAAGGUUAAGCAACCUGAAGUUGGUCAAAUUGUCCUCCUGCAAUAAAACUCCAAACUGUUCCAUUUCUUCACGCGAGCGAAAGGAUGGAAGCUUGGCAGAAUUUGAAGUGAUGACUGCAUUUCAUUUUUUUAACCAUACAUUCAAUAAA